AUGGACCAACCCAGUGAAUCCUCAGAUCGCAUCACCAACCGUCUAGCGCUUUACCAGCAACAUCUAACCUCCACCCCGCUCUCCAAUACAACCAACCCACCCACAAAACAACCACCUACAAAAAUGGCCGCCCGUGACCCAAUUACCUGUCACGUCCUUAACACGUUGACCGGCACUCCUGCCGCCAACCUGCCCGUCACAUUGUCCCUCCUGUCGGCGCCUGCAUCACCCUCCAGCCCCGUCACUUUCCACGCGACCACCAACGCAGAUGGCCGUGUCGCACAGUGGAGACCUGUCGGUGAUUUUUCCUCCGUCCCUACUGUUCUGGCUGCGCUGCCUGGAGCAGAGAGCAAGACCAACUGGGCUGUGCGCUUUGAGGUUGGUCCCUGGUACGAGGCGCAGGGUAUUGAGAGCUUCUGGCCUGAGGUAGAGGUGAAGUUCACAGUUAAGGGCCGUGGGCGGGAGAACGAGGAGGGUUGGCGUCAUUACCAUGUGCCUGUUUUGUUGGGUCCUUGGAAUUACUCGACGUAUCGGGGAUCUUGA